UGACCAUUGGGCAUUCAUCUUGGGUCAGGUGGAAAAGAAUGGGUGAUUGGUUUACGAGCAACAUUCUCUGUCCUGAUUGGACGGAAAGGUGCGCGACGGUGAGAAGAGAGGGAGAUAGAUAGGGGGAGAGAGAGAGAGAGAGAGAGAGAAGAAGUGUAUCCCCUUCAGCACUCGCUGGCUGUGCCGGCUCAGCACACACUCACACAGACUGAAGACUGCGAUGUGACUGCUUACCAGAGGAAUACAGCGUGUUCCAGUGGGGAUUUUUUCUCUCUUCUCUGUUAGCAGGAUAAUGGGAGAGGACGGACAGGGAGUCAGACUGGCCAUGCCGGCCACUUGGGCUGUUCUGGUUCUCUUCACGGUUACUUCAGUGCAUGCAGUGGAAGAGACAGUGAUGGAUACAAGGACGGCGACAGCUGAGCUUGGCUGGAUAUCGUUCCCUGCCAAUGGAUGGGAGGAGGUGAGCGGUUACGAUGAGAACCUGAACACCAUCAGGACAUACCAGGUGUGUAACGUGUUUGAGCCCAGCCAGAACAACUGGCUCCUCACCACUUACAUCGACCGGCGCGCGGCGCAACGCAUCUACGUGGAGAUCCGCUUCACUGUGCGCGACUGCGCCUCCAUACCGAGUGUCCUGGGCUCCUGCAAAGAGACGUUCAACCUCUACUACCUAGAGACCGACAGGACUGUUUCAGACGGCAUCAAAGGGGUGGAGUACUGGGCCAACGCACCCUUCCUAAAGGUGGACACCAUUGCAGCAGAUGAGAGUUUCUCCCAGGUUGAUUUUGGGGGCAGGCUGAUGAAAGUGAACACAGAAGUGAGAAGUUUUGGGCCUCUGUCCAAAGGCAGAGGUUUCCAUUUGGCUUUCCAGGACUUAGGCGCUUGCAUGUCGCUUCUGGCCGUCAGGGUAUUCUACAAGAAAUGCCCCAGCAUCGUGCAGAACUUUGCUUUCUUCCCAGAGACGCUGACCGGAGCAGAGUCCACCUCAUUAGUCAUCGCCAGAGGAAGCUGCAUCCCCAACGCUGAGGAAGUAGACGUGCCCAUAAAGCUCUACUGUAAUGGAGACGGAGAGUGGAUGGUACCCAUAGGCAGCUGCAGCUGCAAGGCGGGUUAUGAACCUGACAAUGGCAAUGUGUGCCGAGCUUGUCCUCAGGGCACCUUUAAGUCAUUCCAGGGGCCAGGACUGUGUCAGCAAUGUCCGCCCAAUAGCCGCUCCACUAUCGAAGCUGCCACCCUCUGUGGUUGUCGGAAUGGCUAUUACCGAGGAGACAUGGACAAACCGGAGGACCUGUGUACCAGUGUCCCUUCAGCUCCUCGCAAUGUGGUCUCAGUGGUCAACCAGACAUCGGUGAUGUUGGAGUGGCACUCACCACGUGACACUGGACACCGCGACGACUUGUCAUAUAAUUUGUUGUGUCGCCGAUGCCACAGCAAUGAGCGUCGGGCUUGUCAGCCAUGUGAUGACAGCGUGGUGUUUGUCCCAGGCAAACAGGCGUUAAAGGAAACAAGGGUUGAGAUCAGCAAGCUGCGGGCCCACACGUCGUACACCUUUGACAUACAGGCAGUCAACGGAGUCUCCAACAAGAGCCCUUACCCCGCCCAACAACUGUCAAUCAACAUUACAACCAAUCAGGCUGCUCCCUCAGUAGUUCCCAUAAUGCACCAAGUGAGCUCAACAAGUCGCAGUUUCUCGUUGUCAUGGCCACCGCCCGAACAGCCCAAUGGAAUUAUCCUCGACUACGAGAUACGAUACUAUGACAAGUUGCAGUCAUCUGUGCUGAACAGUUCGAUGGUCCUAAGCGAAACACCUAAUGUGGUUCUGGAGGGUCUGAGACCCGGGACCGGCUAUGUGGUCCAGGUGAGGGCCCGCACUGUAGCGGGCUACGGAGCCUACAGCAAAGACAUGCUCUUCCAAACCCUCACCGACGAUGAAUAUAAGUCAGAGCUCGGACAGCAGCUCUCUCUGAUUGCUGGCUCUCUAGUUGGUGGAGUGUGUAUUGUAUCACUAGUAGCUAUCGCCAUCAUCUGUACCAGGAGAAGGCAGCUGAAGGAGAGCGUAUAUGGUGACAAGCUGCAGCAGUACAACACAGGAGGAGAGGUGACUCUGAGGCCAGACAUGUUCAGUGGACCCACACCCACUGUGACCUUUCCCAGCCUGUCUGAGGGUCACAGUUCACCAGGGGUCAAGAUCUACAUUGACCCUUUCACCUACGAGGACCCCAAUGAGGCUGUGCGGGAGUUUGCCAAAGAAAUCGAUCCCUCCUGUGUCAAAAUAGAGGAAGUCAUCGGAUCAGGCGAGUUUGGUGAGGUAUACAAAGGUCGCCUGAAACCUGUGGGGAAAAAAGAAAUCCCUGUGGCCAUCAAGACCCUGAAGGUGGGCUACUCUGAGAGGCAGAGGAGGGACUUCCUGUCAGAGGCCUCAAUCAUGGGCCAGUUUGACCAACCAAAUAUCAUCAGACUGGAGGGCGUGGUCACCAAGAGCAGGCCUACGAUGAUAAUCACAGAGUUCAUGGAGAAUGGAGCACUGGACUCAUUUCUCAGGCAAAAUGAUGGGCAGUUCCCAGUGAUCCAGCUGGUUGGUAUGCUGAGGGGCAUCGCAUCUGGAAUGAGGUACCUGGCGGAGAUGAGUUAUGUUCACCGGGACCUGGCAGCUCGAAAUAUCUUGGUUAACAGUAACCUCGUGUGUAAGGUGUCUGACUUCGGCUUAUCACGUUAUCUGGAGGAGGACACCUCCGACCCCACCUACACCAGCUCGCUGGGAGGUAAAAUCCCCGUGAGGUGGACGGCACCAGAGGCGAUCGCCUACAGGAAAUUCACGUCAGCUUCAGAUGUCUGGAGUUACGGGAUCGUCACCUGGGAGGUGAUGUCAUAUGGGGAGAGACCUUACUGGGACAUGAGCAACCAAGAUGUGAUAAAUGCCAUAGAGCAGGACUUCAGACUUCCAGCUCCCAUGGACUGUCCAGUAGUGCUGCACCAACUGAUGCUGGACUGCUGGCAGAAAGACAGAAACGCCCGGCCAAAGUUCCCCGAUAUUGUCAGCAUGUUGGACAAAAUGAUACGCAACCCUGCAUCUCUCAAAGCCGGCACCAACAACAUGGUCCCUGGUCCUCCCCAUCAUCCCUUGUUAGACCGUGGAGCUCCAGACCUAAGCAGGGUGAGCUCAGUAGAAGACUGGCUGGCUGCAUUGAAGAUGACCCAGUACAGAGACUCCUUUCUGGGCUCGGGCUUCACCUCUUUGCCGCUCGUCACGCAAAUCACAGCUGAAGAUCUGCAGAGGAUCGGAGUGUCUCUAGCCGGACACCAGAAGAAGAUCCUGACCAGCGUGCAGCUAAUGAGGCACCAAGCCGAUGAUCAGUCUCCCACCGAAUCCGUGUAGCCACACGGGGGAAACACUUGACCUGGGUGCAGUCUGUGAGCGAGCAGGCUGUCCUAUACUUCCGUUUUUAAGCUCAUACAAUUAAGUUUGCUGCUUUUGGAGAUCUCAAUCACUUCACGCGCUUUCAAAAAAAUCAUCGUUAGCCAUUUGUGUGUCUGCAUGGACAGAUCCGUCCACCAGUAACAGGAUGGACUUCUUUUAUGCCAUUUAGCUUCGAAAACGAAAAUGGCUCCUGGGAGAAAUUCAGUGUAGAUGCAUUAUUCUCACAAAGAGUAAAAACAAAAAUAAGUGGGGAAAAAAGGAAAACUUACUGAGCAUGAGGCUCUAAAAUCAUUACCCCCCUUUUUCCACAUGCCAGCGUAACUGUGAAUGCUAUCACUGAAAUCUACAGACCAUUUAAACCAUCUUGAAUUAAAGGAAGAUUGUUUUGUUUUUUUUGUUUUUUCAUGAGGACAUAAAACACUCUGCUUUGAAGAAAAAAGUGGCUGAGCAGACGUUUAUAUGAAGGGGCACAAACCGGACCAAAAGACUGACAAAAAGGGUUUUAAGAGACGAGACGCGCGAGCAGGCUUGUUAAAUCCAGAGACUACUUCAGUGUGUUCCUGAAAAAUUGCUACCAUCUGAAUCCUGACAAGAGCCAACCGUUUAAAGGGGACCUUUUUUAAUAAAAAAAAAGCUAUCUUCAUAUUGAAGAGUUUGUACAUAUUUGUGAUACGGGAUAUUUCUUUCCUAUUUGCUCAUUAGCGUUUGCGUUCGCUAACAGCAACAGACAGUUCAGUGUCGCUGGAGUAUUUGUGACUUCUCAACGAUUCUCUUCCCCGCCUGAAUCAUCACUGGAGCAAAUUCUGAAGUGCUGUGGACUGCAAACAAAAAAAGAAAGAAAAUAGAUUUCAGUGUUCUGGUUUUUUUCUUCUCCUUCUUUUUUUUUGUACUUUUCAUGCAGCCAUGAAAAGAUAAACUCUUUCAGUGAAAGUGCUACCAGGGCCUGGCCUACUUAAAGUACUUAAUUCACAGAGAACUCAUAAUGGAUGAUGUUUCACAAUCAGCACAAAUGCCCACUGAGUAAAGCCAAUUAGAAAUAUUCAAACCAUAGUGGUAUGUCUCUCUUUUCUGAGCCAGGAAUCAAAGCGCAUGCAUGCUUGGUGGCGCAGAAGAAUAAAGCAGCUUAAGACUGUGGGUACUGUGUCAUUACCAGUUAUAGAGAUUGCACCUGUUGUGAAAGCGCCGCGGUGUCCAGAGAAUCUUUAAAAGACACCAAAGGUAUCCAGUGUUCUUGUGAUUUGGCUGCAAAUCCUAAAGCCGCCUGCCAGCCAAGCGCAAAACCAACCAGAAAUCCAACGCUCAUGUUCUGUCCACGCGUGGAAACAGAUCUUCCCGUCUAAACUUUGUCAUGGCCGCCAUCCAGGUGGCAUUCAUCGCUCAGCAGCAGGCAGCCAUGCAGGACUCUUUGUUUUCAUUCAUUUUUCUUAUUUGCCGGCUGCCGGACACGUUGCCGUCAGAGCCUGUUUUGACAGUCUCAUUUCCCGAUUGACAUCUCCGAUUAAUACCGCCGCGUCAGUUUGCAGAUGAAAUGACAGGAAAUGACCUAUCCGUGUUCCUCAUCUGCAGACGGCAACCUUUUCAGUGUCAGAGAAGAGAUAAAGAGAUCAAACAAGAAGAGAUACAGUGAAAUACCACAUGCUUUCAGUGAAGAGGCAAAACUGGUGACUUAUUUAUCUUUUUUUUUUCUAAAUACUGAAGCUCGUCCUAACAAAAUAUGAUAUAAAGAAGGCCUGAUCUCACUACAGGGCACACUGGUGGAGAAGCACUGGGAGAUCUCUUUUAUCUCAGCGCUGAGCGGAUUACCAGCUGUGAAACAACAGCAGGCUCGCUCUGCCUCCAACCACCACCACCCCGCCCAACAAAACCCCUCUGGUCACACGCGUGCACGGAUUACCCAUCAGCACCUCUGAUUGGAUGUUAUGAUUUUAUUUGUCAUCCGCUGCGAGCUCGGGCUCAUGAUGACAGAAGUGACAGUUGUUUGCUUUUAACACGCUUUCACUGCUGCAUGGCUCCUACAAAAAAAAAUAAAUAAAUAAAUGCUGUGUUUGUGUUUGUCUCGCACCACCGCUCGCCACUGCUGGGAUGCCCCAAAGUCUUUUUAUUUAUGAACACUGUGACAUUGAAGGGGUCUGUGGCUUUUCUUUUCUUUUUUUUUAAACCCAAGAAGAAGAAAAAACAAAACCUCCAAACAUUUCAGUUUGCACUUGUUUCCCCGAAACUCCACUCCAACGGCGCGGCCCGCAAUUGCAUUUGUUGCCUGGCAACAGCAGCUUAUUGAGCAUUUUAUCAGGAAGUAUUGAGAUCAACUGGGAGCGUGUCAGUAGUUCAGAGGCAUAAUUCGUUGUGAAUAGAUGCCUGUGGAAAAAAAAGAAAACAGUUUCAGCCCUGGCUCCGGGGUUUAAUAAAGAGCGAGACAACUAGUGCGCCCUAAAAGCUCAUAUUGAAUGCCACCUAAGAAAAGAAUAGACGAAAAAGAAACAAAAUUCAUGCAGAGGAAAUGAAAACUAUCAACACAGACAGGCAUCUUGCUGCGUUAUGCAACAUCUGUAGUCGAGUGUGUCUGUUCUUCCGAUUCAUGUUUUUCUUUCUUCUCAGCAGUGUAAAUGUUAGUUUUGGGAACCAUUUCACAUGUUGCUGUGUCAGUGUUUGUGAAAAAACCAAACCAAACCCCAAUGAAGGCAUAAGUGAUCUAUGACACGUCUUGUGUUUAUACCGUUGCGUGUCUUGGUUCAAGCACAAGUGUUCGCCACAGAGGGGAUACCUGGAGAAACCUCAAGAGGAUGAUUUGAGUGUUAAAGAUGGAGUUUGUGAAAGCAGGUUUCUGAGUUAAAAGCUAAUCCACCCUGAAUCUGUUGCCUACAAACAAAUCAUAAUAAUAAAAAAGAAAGGAGAGCAUGUAAACAAGUCAGGAGCCAGAUAUGUAGCUAUGCUGUCUGUAAUGUAUGCUGAAUUCUAGCUUGAGGCUAAAUUGUGUUAAGUUUUAGAUUUUUCUCAUUUUCUCUCCUAUAGAAAAGUUUUUAUUUCGAAAGAAACAGUCCAUCAUUGACAUUUUUUGCUAUUUCUACACACACACACACACACACACACACACACACACACACACACACACACACACA